AUGGGUUUUAUACAGUGUGGUAAAGCGGAAUAUUCCACAUAUUUCUUCGUUGCUUCAAUUGUGAUGUUUCUAAGUACAUUAUGCUGUUUAACAGCAUUUGCUUCACCCUACUGGACAAAACGUUAUCUCGACACGCCAAUAGAUUUUCAAAAUAUUGGCCUAUGGGAAUUAUGUCUAUACAAAUAUCGUCAUUACAAAGAUGAUUUACAAAUUCCGUAUACAGGUUGUUUUUGGUUUUGGACAAAUGAAAUGUAUCGUUUUCGUGAUUGGAUCAUUCCACCGUGGUUUAAAUGGGUACAGGCAUUUGCGACAUUAGCAUUCAUUCUUACAAUCGCAACCAUAUCAAGUUUAGCUAUAGCAGUAUUUUCAACAUUCCGCUGGCAAUGGAAGUAUCAACUGGUAUGGUGCAUUGUCUCAUUUGUAAUUUUUGCUUUCGAAUUGAUUGCUAUUAUUAUCUAUGGCAUCUACAGUCAAGAUCGUCUUUGGAUGCCAAGACCAGAAUUUAACUAUUUGUCUUACAGUUAUUGGUUCGAAUUCGCUGCACUUGUACUCGCAUUAACUGCCUGUGCUUUAUUUGGCGCUGAUAUGAACUUUCUUCGUGCACCGUAUACAGGUACUGCUAGUGAAAAACAUCUCAACGAUGAAUUCCAUCACUCACCAACCAAUGGAUCUCACAUGCAAUUAACUUCAGGACGAAAUCGUCGUCCUCAAUCUGAAUUGUAA